AUGGCAAGUAGCAGGAACAUAACGCAGGUCGACGAGGAUUUGAUAAAUGAUGCCAGCUCAGACGAGGAGAACGAAGUCGCUCCCCAACAUCGCGAACAGGACAAGCUGGCCAACAAUAUCGAUGAAAAUGUCAUUUCCAUACCAAUGCCCGAUGCAUCCAUCGUCACCCCUUCUGCUUCUGCUGCUGUAGCUGCUGCUUCAUCAAGACUUCAAUGUCGAAUGUAUGAACAAAAGUAUCCCGAAGUAGAAGAUGUCGUCAUGGUCAAUGUCAGGCAAAUCGCUGAAAUGGGCGCUUACGUCCACCUACUUGAAUACAAUAACAUCGAGGGCAUGAUUCUGUUGAGUGAAUUGUCAAGACGACGUAUUCGUUCCAUCCAGAAACUCAUUCGGGUUGGAAGAAGUGAGGUCGUUGUCGUGCUCAGAGUCGACAAGGAAAAGGGUUACAUUGACUUGUCAAAGCGACGUGUCGGUGCUGAAGAUAUUCAAAAAUGUGACGAGAAAUACAACAAGUCAAAAGCGGUCCAUAGCAUCAUGAGGCAUGUCGCUGAAAAACAACAACUAAAUCUCGAAGACCUGUAUGUCGCAGUUGGAUGGCCAUUAUACAAGAAAUACGGACAUGCUUAUGAUGCGUUCAAGCUCGCUCUACAGGAGCAAGACAAAGUGUUUGAAGGAUUGCAAAUGACACCAGAAGUCAAAGAAGAUUUAUUAACCAACAUUCGACGAAGAUUAACACCACAACCAGUCAAAAUACGUGCUGAUGUCGAAGUUACAUGUUUCGGAUAUGAAGGAGUAGAUGCCGUGAAAGCUGCACUAAAAGCUGGUGAAGCUGUAUCCACAGUAGAUGCUCCAGUCAAAAUAAGACUGGUGGCUCCACCUUUAUAUGUCAUGGUCACAAACUCAUUAGACAAGACCAUUGGUAUUGAAAUGUUGGAGUUGGCUGUUACAAAGAUUGAAGAAGUCAUUAAAAAGUUUGGUGGUGGUAUGACUGUUAAAAUGAAGCCACGAGCAGUCUCUGAAACAGAUGAUGCUGAACUACAACAGCUAAUGGCACGUGUUGAAAAUGAAAGCAAACAAGUCGAUGGAGACGGCGACGAAGAUGAAGACAUCGGGAUGGGUGUUGCAGAUGACUUUGAUGUACCACCUCCCGUGCCUGCACUACGUAGUGGAGAUGACGAUGAUGACGAAUGA